AUGUCGCCAAUUCCGACCCACGUAUCAGAGAUGUGGGAGUACUUGAAGCUUCCAGGCGGGACUGGGAGCCGCAUGAUGCAAGUGAUGGGUAUUUCUUCGGACGGGUACGUUUACGCGUACAAUAUCGAUCUUGAGAACGGGGACUCGGGUGACGAUAAUGCCGGAGAACAGCGGGACGUGGAGAGGGGGAUAGGAAACGGAGGCAGCGUUCUUUCCUAUGAUGACUGGAAUAUCCGUGGAUAUCUAGCGCCGAAGGCGUGUACACUAUUAUGA